AUGGAGCGGCGGCGCCCGGGUGUGCUGAUCGCUGCCGCUGGAGCUUUGCUAGUGGCCGUGCUGAGGAGCUCCUCUGCCUUCCUGGCACCGGCUGCGGGCUCCAAACCGGAUGGCGCAGAGGGCGCGUUGCGUCGCAGAGACAUGCUGGGAGCGCUGGGUGUGGCCGCGGCCUGGCAGGCAGAUGAGGCUUUCGCUCUGCGGGAUGCAAGAUUCGACUCCAUCUGCAGCUACAAAUGCCUUGCAAUUUGUAACGAGAGAGCGCCUGGCAACGAGGAAUACUGCAAGAAGUUAUGCGUCAACUACUGCGAGCAGUCAAAGGAGGAGAAGGACCUCAAUUCGCAAGUGAAGAAAGGUAGCAUCGUCGACAAGAUCUUGGAAAGGUCUCGCAAGAAGAAGUUCGACAAUAAUCGUGCCGACAAUGCCAAGACGGAGCAGCUGGACCAGUGGCUGGGCUCGCAAAUCGCUUUGACCAACGAGACGGACUAUGCUAAUGGCAUCAGGGAGACCGGCCGCAUCCGUGAACUGUUUAAGCCUGAAAAGCGGCAAGCCGAUUAG